CCGCGCCCCCUCCUUGUCUGUCGGGGCGAAGGAAGAUGGCGGCCGCGGUGAGGCAGGAGCUGGCCCAGCUCAUGAAUUCCAGCGGCUCCCACAAGGACCUGGCGGGGAAAUAUCGUCAGAUACUGGAAAAAGCAAUUCAGCUAUCAGGGGUGGAACAACUAGAAGCCUUGAAAGCUUUUGUAGAAGCAAUGGUAAAUGAGAACGUCAGUCUAGUGAUCUCACGUCAAUUGCUGACAGAUUUCUGUACGCAUCUCCCAAAUCUUCCUGAUAGCACAGCCAAAGAAAUCUAUCACUUUACCUUGGAAAAGAUACAGCCUAGAGUCAUUUCAUUUGAAGAACAGGUUGCUUCUAUAAGGCAGCAUCUUGCAUCAAUUUACGAGAAAGAAGAAGACUGGAGAAAUGCAGCACAAGUGUUGGUGGGGAUUCCCUUGGAAACAGGACAAAAACAAUACAACGUGGAUUAUAAAUUGGAGACUUACCUGAAAAUUGCCAGACUGUACCUGGAAGAUGAUGACCCAGUUCAGGCGGAGGCUUAUAUUAACCGAGCUUCGCUGCUUCAGAAUGAAUCAACCAAUGAACAGCUACAGAUCCAUUAUAAGGUGUGCUACGCUCGUGUUCUUGAUUACAGAAGGAAGUUCAUUGAAGCUGCCCAAAGGUACAAUGAGCUCUCUUACAAGAGCAUAGUCCAUGAAAGUGAGAGACUAGAGGCAUUGAAGCAUGCUUUGCAUUGUACUAUCCUAGCAUCAGCAGGACAGCAGCGCUCUCGCAUGUUAGCCACUCUUUUCAAGGAUGAAAGGUGUCAGCAGCUUGCAGCCUACGGGAUCUUGGAGAAAAUGUAUCUGGACAGGAUUAUCCGAGGGAAUCAGCUGCAAGAGUUUGCUGCCAUGCUCAUGCCACACCAGAAGGCAACUACAGCUGAUGGGUCCAGUAUCUUAGACAGAGCUGUUAUUGAACACAACUUGUUAUCUGCAAGCAAACUAUACAACAAUAUUACUUUUGAAGAACUUGGAGCACUAUUAGAGAUCCCUGCAGCCAAGGCAGAAAAGAUAGCUUCUCAGAUGAUAACUGAGGGUCGGAUGAAUGGAUUUAUCGAUCAAAUUGAUGGAAUAGUUCAUUUUGAAACACGUGAAGCUCUGCCAACAUGGGACAAACAGAUUCAGUCACUAUGUUUCCAAGUUAACAACCUUCUGGAGAAGAUUAGUCAGACAGUACCAGAAUGGACAGCACAAGCAAUGGAAGCUCAGAUGGCUCAAUAAACCUAUACUUAGUCUUUUGACUAGAAUUAAUCUCCUGCUGUGCUGGACAGAUGAAAUCUACUAGGACUAUAAAACGACCACCUGAAAAUUAUAGUACUAUACAGUCUUUUAUAAAACUCCUGAAUACUCAAUAUGGUAUCACUGCAUGAGAAAUAUGCUUUGCUGUUUUGAAAGUUGUGGUUUAAAAGUACAGGAAGAAGUAAAAUCUUAAGAUAGA